AUGGGGCAAAGAGGAACUCUAUGGUGGCAUGCACAUAUUUUCUGGCUAAGAGCCACUGUGUAUGGAGCAAUUGUCAUCUUGCCUAAACAAGGGACUGGUUUUCCAUUUCUUCAGCCAUACAAGGAGGCUAAUAUUGUCUUAGGAGAAUGGUGGAAUAACGACGUCGAAGAGGUUGUUAAACAAGGAAACAAACUGGGAUUGCCACCAAAUAUGUCAGAUGCACACACCAUCAAUGGGAAGCCAGGGCCUCUCUUUCCAUGUUCUGAAAAACAUACCUAUGCAUUGGAGGUUGAACAGGGAAAGACGUACCUGCUACAAAUCAUCAAUGCUGCACUCAAUGAUGAGCUAUUCUUUGCCAUUGCUAGUCACAGCUUGACAGUGGUAGAAAUUGAUGCAGUGUACACCAAACCAUUCACAUCUCAAGCAAUACAAUAG